AUGAACUUGUGGCAGCGCGCCUGGACCCUCUUUCUCCACGCGCACUCCAAGUUGACGGUCUGGUGGCGGCGGCCCGUGCAGGACAGCCUCAUCAAAAGGUUCUUCGGUGACAAAGCUCCGAGAGUGGAACAACUGAGGCAGCAUGUGCACGUGGCCCUCGUCAACGAGAACCCCGUCCUGGAGGCCGCUAGACCCUUGCCGCCGAGCCUCAUCCCCGUCGGCGGCAUGCACGUCAAACCCGCCGACCUGGGCAGGAUCCCGUCGGACCUGCGGAAAUGGAUGGAUGAAGCGAAGGACGGCUUCGUAUUUGUGUCGUUCGGAUCUAUUAUAAAAGGGAAGGAUAUUGAUCUC